AUGUUUUCUCGCCGUGUGCCCCAUGUCAUCCGCUGGAGUCUCCGGGCUCCACGCUCUAGCUCCCUUGCCCCGAAACCCCGCACCAAUCAAGCUAUCGUGCUCCGCCGCAACGCCCCGGAGCUGAGCCGAUCAUUUUAUGCCUCCGCGACCAGAGCUAAGGGCCUGCAGCCUGAUACUGAGGAUCCCCGUCCCCCAACAAACGCUACAUCUGUCGCUGGUGCUGCAUCACACGUUACUGAGCCUUCUCCUUUGACUACCGAGGAAUACCAUGACUACUCUGAGCACUACUUCAAUGUGUUGAUUGCCGAGCUUGAGAAGAUGCAGGAAGAACAAGGUUCUGAUAUUGAAGCUGAGUACAGCGCUGGCGUUCUUAACAUUACUGUCCCCUCUAUCGGAACCUACGUCCUCAACAAGCAACCUCCCAACAAGCAGAUCUGGCUCAGCUCUCCAAUCUCCGGCCCUAAGCGAUAUGACUGGAUCCUCGAGGGCGACCGCAUGCAUGAGAAGCAGGAUACCCGCGAGUUCGCGCAUGGACAGUGGGUUUACCUGCGUGAUGGCAGCAACCUCACCGAGUUGCUUAACUCUGAGAUGAAGCUGGCUCUGCCCAAGGAUAUUUAUGGCGUCCUGCUGGAUGAUUAG